GCGGCGGCGGCGCAAGAUGGCGGCGCCCGGGGGCUCGGCGGGCGCCGCGGCGCUGAGGGCGCUGGUGCAGCAGUUCACCGCCAUCACCGGUGCUAGCGAGAGCGUGGGGAAGCACAUGCUGGAGGCCUGCAACAACAACCUGGAGAUGGCUGUCACGAUGUUCCUGGACGGCGGGGGCAUCGCCGAGGAGCCCAGCACCAGCUCCGCGGGGGUGUCAGCCGUGCGCCCACACACCGAGGAUGAAGUACGAGCUCCAAUUCCUCAAAAGCAGGAAAUUUUGGUAGAACCUGAGCCCUUGUUUGGAGCCCCUAAAAGACGCCGACCUGCGCGCUCCAUAUUCGAUGGCUUUCGGGAUUUUCAGACAGAAACCAUUCGGCAGGAGCAGGAGCUCCGGAAUGGAGGGGCCGUGGACAAGAAGCUCACGACGCUGGCAGAUCUCUUCAGGCCUCCCAUUGACCUGAUGCACAAGGGCAGCUUUGAAACGGCCAAGGAGUGUGGUCAGAUGCAGAACAAGUGGCUCAUGAUAAACAUUCAGAACGUGCAAGACUUUGCCUGCCAGUGUCUCAACCGCGAUGUCUGGAGCAACGAGGCCGUGAAGAACAUCAUCCGGGACCACUUCAUUUUUUGGCAGGUGUACCAUGACAGCGAGGAAGGACAGCGGUACAUCCAGUUCUAUAAAUUAGCAGACUUCCCUUACGUCUCCAUCCUGGAUCCCAGGACAGGCCAGAAGCUCGUGGAGUGGCACCAGCUGGAUGUGACUUCUUUCUUGGACCAAGUGACUGGGUUCCUGAGUGAGCACGGCCAGCUGGAUGGGCAUUCCACCAGCCCUCCCCAGAAAUGCUCUCGCUCAGAGAGUCUCAUCGAUGCCAGUGAGGACAGCCAGCUGGAAGCUGCCAUCAGAGCCUCCCUGCAGGAGACACAUUUUGAUUCCUCGCAGGCCAAACAGGAGAGCCGGUCGGACGAGGAGUCGGAGUCGGAGCUUUUUUCUGGAAGCGAGGAGUUUAUUUCAGUUUGCGGCUCUGAGGAGGAGGAGGAAUCAGAGGUUCCUGCCAAGCUGAGGAAGUCUCCACACAAGGACUUGGGGUAUAAAAAAGAGGAGAGCCGGAGGCCUCAGCCUGAGGCCCCUGCAAGGACUGAGCCUGGGACGACGUCCAACCACAGAGUUGUGCCCUGCGUCGACGCGGGGACGCUGGAGGAGUCACCGGACAAGCCUGAGAGUACGUUUCGGGGCCUAGAUGUGAAUGGACCAAAGGCACAGCUGAUGCUGAGGUAUCCAGAUGGAAAGAGGGAACAAGUUUCACUGCCUGAACAAGCUAAACUUCUGGCCCUUGUGAAACACGUCCAGUCCAAAGGAUACCCCAACGAACGCUUUGAACUGCUCACCAACUUCCCUCGGAGGAAACUCUCCCACCUGGACUAUGAGAUCACGUUACAGGAGGCAGGCCUGUGUCCUCAAGAGACUGUCUUUGUGCAGGAAAGGAAUUAGCACUGUGGCCUGAGUUCUCCCAGCCUUCCUCCCCUCUCCCCUUUGCCUGGGACACCGACUCGUUAAAUAUGCAGUUAAGGGUCAUAGGAUUGCAGUGCCGGAAUCAGACAGGCAGCUGACUGGCCCUUCCCUCUCUUCCUCUCUCUUCCUCCCUUCUCCUCUCUCUCUUCCUCCCUUCUCCUGCUCUAGUGACCAAAUGAGAGUGCUCAGAGUUUUAUUUUCUUCCUCAGCUGCAGAGAGUGUUGGGAAGAACAUCUUCCCUCUGCUUUCCUGGGGUAAAGUAAAACGGUGAUCGGUGUGUCCAGCGUGCUGGAGCUUGGAGUGGCCAUAAUACACAAACCCUUCUCGCUGCUAAUUCUUAAAUCUGUUUUGUUUAAUUUAUUUUUGAAAAGAGUGUGUGAUAAGGCACUGAGUCAUCUCUCUAAGGAGAGAGUGUAAUCUUCAGGACAGUCUUUCCUUUGUUUGGAUUCCCUACAUGAAAGGUGUCCAUUAACCUUCCAGCCUUCUCAAGGCUUCACUGACCCAACACUCUGGUUUUGGGAAGGGGUUGUGUUCAGCUGUGGUAAAAUACUCUGCCCCCAUCUAAUUUUAAGGCUUCCAGGUUGACUUCAUGUUUUCCUCCUGCUUUAAACUGCCAGUGGACGUAGCAAAAACACCAACCAAUCCCCCCAAAAAAGCCAGCUGUGCUCUAUUUGGGAUUGACUGCUUGGCCCAGAGGGAAAGCUGUGUGUCCGCUGCUGGAGCAGAACCGACUCCUUCGUGGGAGUGGGUGGGUUUUCCACGUUCUCUUCCCAACAUCCUCAAAGUGUCUCCUUACUUGCUCUCAGGAUUUUGCAAAUGAUGACAGAAGGUGAUACUGUGGAGAUCUUGGACUCUGAAAACACCUCCCACAGACCUGACAGUUAGUUGGCUUUUUUUCCUUGGCACAGCAUCUUGGUUGGUUUUCCCAGGAGUGACUGGCACGAGUUAAUGCUUCAGAAAAAGCUUUCCAGCCUGAUGGCUUUGAACUCCCUGGGAUGAUUUUUUAGUCUGUUGCCAUGUUCAUCUGCUGUCAUUUACCUCUGAGGCUGAGGGGCUGCAUGGGAAAGCUGCUCCCUUCUUUAGGCUUUCCUUUCAGCUCUGGAAGGUGGCUCCAGAAGUCAGUGCCCUGUUUUUCCUCCAGUGUCCUCUGGAGACGUGGAGCUGUUGAUCAGUUGGUGUUUCAGCAGGUGUUACAGCAGGACAGGAGUUAACCAGCACAGCUAUCAAGGGUGGUUGGUGACAUUUGUAUAUUUACAACUAAAAACUCGGUUUGACACGCUCUUCAGUGAGGAGAAAGGCAGCUGAGACCUGCCAUAACUGCUGAGUUUUUCUGCCACUCUCAGAUGAUUGUACAUGUUAAAGACUUCAGAAGUCAGAAAUUUACCGUGUUCAAACUUUUCUGGAUAUUUUGCCUUUAGUUUCAUACUAACCUGGAUACUUAGGAGCCUUUAAAUGUGAGGGAUCACAGAAAAUGUCUUGCGUUCCCCAGGAGAAUUUGAGCUCACAACUGUCUUCUGCUCCUAAUUGGGUUUGACAUGUAAUCAUGCAAUUGUGUAAAUUGAUUUCCCUUCUACACAAACACUGGCUGCAUUCUACUGCAGGAUGUAGUGUCAGGAAAGCAAAAUCUGACCCCAGUUUCCUGAUCAGUGUCACCAGAUGUCAUUUUGGUUUGUAAAGACACCCUGGCAUGGAAGCAGCUGCCAGCAGGGGACAGUGAGGUGCCAGGGCAGCAGAGGAGAGGGGGGUUGUGUUUGGCCUGUGAAGCAGCAGUGGCACCUUUGGACUGAAGGAUCCUUUGGUUUCUGGGAUGUUGACAUUCACAGCUUAUGUUUCUAUGUAGAUCUAGUGCUUCCCGAAGCAGCUUCAGCUGCUUAGUUGGAAUAACUCACUGUUUGCUGCUCCUCCAUGGUCAGCCCCAGGCAGGUGGAGGCAGAACCCAACACGUGUAGAGUGACAGCCCCUCGUGUCCCUUGGGCAGUGGGAGCACAGGGACCUUCCCUCCUCUCCUGCCUGUGCACCCUUGGUGGUUCCAGGGUCCUCUCCACGUUGUGGCUGCUUGGUUGUGUUGGCUGGUGGAAGCCCCGCUCAGUUGGGACAGGCCUGGCUUUGUAUCCCCUCUGGGAAUGUUGUUCCACUGCAGCUUUCCUGCAGUUGGGUGUGCAGAAUUGACUCUGCCCUCUCGCUCCCAGGUCUGGUUUAUGGGCAGUUUCUCUUCCCCAGCCCCUCCCUGGCUGUACUCGUGUACCCACGGGGCUGUGAGCUCUGUGAGGACACAGGAGUUGCUCUAGCAGGGAAAGAAGAAAUGAAGAUUUACACUGAAAGUAAAUUCUCCCAUCUUUUGGUUUCUAGCAGUUUGUUCUGUUCCAAGAAAUCACGAUCAUGGCUUUUUUGUUGUUUUUGUUGGUUUCUGUGGCACAAUGUGUUUUUCCUAUCAGUUUUCUUUUGCUUUGCUUCGAGAGCAAGAGACAGAGAAAAGAGUGUUUAGGGAAUGUGUGUUCCCUACACGUGGCUCUUCUCUCCCUUCAUUCCUCUCCCCUCUCUCCCUUCUUCCCAACCCAAAUAACACCCAGUGCUGUGGCACACGUGUCAGUCAGCUGUGCUGUGGGGGCUGAAAGCUGUUAAGAAACAGCAGCAGCAGCCAGGGUACAACCCCUUCAGAUCUUCAUCCCUGUUGAAGCCCUUGGGACGAUGUGUUUUGCUGUCCUGAGGAAUGGGGGUGAAAACAUGAACCCAAUUGUGGCUGGGACAGCAGCGAAGACGAGGGCUGGUCGGGCACUGUUUGAAGGGCCUUUGCCACAGUCACUUCUGGAUGUGAAAUCUGCAGCUCAAACUGCCUUUGGCAGGUGGG